AUGGAUGAAAAGAGCUUCCAAAAUCUUAUGCUGGAAUGUUGGGAAAAGUAUGAGCAAACAGGAACAGAGACGGUAGGAAUUUGGCAUAAACUUAGGAACAUGAGAGUAGAUAUUAAACAGUGGAAGGCUGAAGUCUUAGGUAACACCCAACUUCAAAUUCAAUGUCUUAAAAGGGAAAUUAAAGCUUUGUUAGAGGUGUGGCAAGAAAGGGAUUUUGAUCAAGAUAACCAAGAGGAACUGAUAAGGAAAAAAACUGAGCUGUGGGCAUUGUAUCGUAAAGAAGAAAGAGAAUGGAUGCAAAAAUCAAAGGUUCAGUGGGUUAACGAUGGAGAUCGAAAUACGAGGUAUUUUCACACAAUUGCUUUUGCUAGAAAAAGAGGUAAUCAUAUUAAGAAAAUUCAAGGUGAUGGGGGAUUAAAGGAGGAUCCGAGCAGUAUAAAAGAAGAAGUGGGAAGGCAUUUCGAGAAUCGGUACCGUGAAAGACUAGUGCUUCAACUGGAAGACAUGGAUUGGAGGUUAGGGAGCCUUAAGGAAGAAACAGUCAAGGAUCUUGAGAAACCCUUUGAAGAAGAGGAAUUUGGGAGAGGAGUUAACACUUCUUUCAUAGCCCUCAUUCCGAAGGUUCAAAACCCUAAUAAUUUAGGAGAAUAUAGGCCGAUUAGCCUAGUUAGUAGCUUAUACAAAAUAGUGGCAAAAACUCUUGCAAAUCGUCUCAGAAAGGCUAUAGGCAAUGUUAUUGGAAGGUAUCAAUUUGCUUUUAUUAAAGGGAGGCAGUUGAUGGAUUGCGCUUUAGUUGCAAAUGAAUAUGCUGAUGAUACGAUGAUUUUUUGUGAGCCAAACUUGGAGAAUUUAAAGGGGUUUAAAAGAAUUCUUCAAUGCUUUCAAGUUGUGUCGGGUCUCAAGAUUAAUUUCUAUAAGAGCCAGCUGUUUGGGAUUGGUAUUGAAAAGGAAGUUCUAUCGGAUUGGGCAAGAAUUAUCUCCUGUCAAGUUGGGGAGCUUCCUGCCACAUACUUGGGGCUCUCAUUAGGGGUCAAUCAUAAUUCUGCUCAUUUUUGGAAACCAGUACUUGAGAGGGUUGGGGCAAAGUUAGCGAGAUGGAAGGCAAAAACUCUUUCAUUUAGAGGGAGGAUCACCCUUCUCAAGUCUAAGCAGAAAAUCCACUAUGUGAAAUGGGAGAAAGUUUGCAAUUUAAAGGAAUGUGGAGGAAUAGGGAUGGUUGAUUUGGAAGUUAAAAAUCGAGCUCUAAUGAAUAAGUGGAUUUGGAGAUAUGAGAACGAUAGAGAUAGCCUAUGGAGAGAAGUUUUAGUUGAAAAAAUCGGAAGUGAUCCAACAAAGUUGUUGCCAAACACGAGGUAUGCAGUGGGAGACGGGAAAAACUUACUGUUCUGGAGAGAUGAAUGGAUCGAGGGAAUUUCUUUGGCCCAUGCCUUCCCAAGGAUUCAUGCUUUGGCAGUCAACAAGCUUGGAAAGAUUAAGGACUUUGGACGAUGGAAGGAAGAAAAAUGGGUUUGGAACAUGGAAUUAAGAAGGCAGAUUUUUGACUGGGAAGUUCAGGGAAAGGUGGGGGUUAAGGAUGAAUUAGUAAAAAGGGGAUUACAACUUAAUGGGACACCACAGUGUGUUUUAUGUGACAGGGCUAGGGAAACUUGUGAUCAUCUGUUUGUGGAAUGUGUUGAGUCAUGGAGGGUCCAGUCAGAGUGGUGUAAAAGUUGGGGUUAUGUUUGGGUAUCACCAGGGACGAUUAAAGAGAAGCUACUGGCUUGGAAUGGAUGUUAUGUGGGAGAGCUUGACAAAAGGAUUUGGAAUAUGGCUUUUUUCUCAAUUGUUUGGUCUAUAUGGAAGUGUAGGAAUGAGAUGGUGUUCGAAGGGAAACAAUGGAAUGCAAACCAGUGUGUUGAGCUGGUGAAAAUCAAAGUUGCAACCUGA